CUUGUAAAUAACAUUGGUCACAUUGUAGCUCGCGGCACUAGUCACUGAUAUAAUAACAGCAGCUUUAGGCAGACGUGACAUUUGACUACCGAUACGUUUCCUUGUCGGUUUUCUCGGAAGAGCUAAAAUUGAGUUCCAGCGCUGUCUGUGGAAUAAGAGAGAAUGUCCUUGUCUGGCUGGGUGUGUGUAGUAACAGGGGCCUCCAGAGGCAUCGGCCGGGGUAUAGCUCUCCAGCUGUCUGAGGCAGGGGCCACCGUCUACAUCACAGGGCGCCAGGAGACCACUCUGAAAGAGACCGCUGCACAGGUGAAGGAGAGGGGGGGAAACUGUGUGCCGGUUAUCUGCGAUUCCACGAAAGACAAAGACAUCGAAGACCUGUUUGAACGGAUCAAGCGUGAGCAGAAUGGCCGGCUGGACAUCCUGGUGAACAACGCCUACGCUGGAGUCCAGGCCAUCUUCCAAAACAUGGGGAACAAGUUCUGGGAAACCGAUCCAACCAUUUGGGAUUCCAUCAACAACACAGGCCUCAGGGGCCACUAUUUCUUCUCAGUUUACGCGUCCCGGAUGAUGGUGGCUCAAGGUCGGGGUCUGAUAGUCACAAUUUCAUCUAUGGGGGGUCUGCGGUAUCUCUUCAAUGUGCCGUAUGGCGUUGGCAAAGCCGCAUGUGACAGGCUGGCAGCAGACAUGGCUGUUGAGCUUAAGAGCAGGGGCGUGGCUUCUGUCAGUCUGUGGCCGGGAGCGGUAAAAACAGAGUUGGUGUCUCAGAUGAUUUUGGACAAGGAAACACCACAGGGUGGAGAUCCCAAGUUCAAAGAACUGUUUGCCAAUGGGGAAUCCACAGAAGUGAGUGGGAUGUGCAUUGUCAACCUGGCAAUAGAUAAACAUCUGAUGUCUCUGACGGGGAAAGUACUGAUGACCUGUGACCUGGCAAGGCGCUAUGGCAUACGCGACAUUGAUGGACGGAGUGUAGCUGAUUACACGUCUCUGAAAUUCCUCCUGACUCAGGUCCCGUAUCUCUCCUGGCUGUCAGCUGUUGUCCCGUCAUUCCUACGCCUGCCACGCUUUGUGCUCUCUCUGGCUAACAGCCGCUUCUAAACAUGUCCUACAUCAGCACUGACGUGGCGUACUAUCAGACUGUCUGACGACUAUAUGGUCCAAAUUCUAGCUAAACAUAUAGUUGCCAUGUUUCGGAUCAAAUCCAUCAAGCCAAUGGGUGACAAGGUGCACUGACUAACAAUAUCUUUUGAAGGAGUAUAAUUGAAACUGAUGUGUUUUUAUAUA